AUGGGCAUGUACAUAUACCGACCUUAUGUUAAAAAGGUCCGCAACAACCGUCUUAUCCGGUACGAGUGUCUUCGGGGUUACUACUUAUCCGAAGGUCCUCCGGGAGCCACCUGCAUCGCGGGCAAGUGGAGUCCGAAGCAGCUGCCCAAAUGUUCACCGAAGCUUCACCCGAGACUGAACUGGCUCAAGAGAUCGGUGAGUUUGGCAGACUACUUCGAGACGCUCAACCAGACUCAAGCCAUCGCAAGCUCUCCUGGAAAAGCUCAACCCAACUCAAGUUUUCGCGAUCCAACUCAAGCCAACUCAAGAUUUCUCGGUCAAAGUCAAGCUAAGUCAAGAUUUCCCGGGCAAAGUCAAGCUAACUCAAGUUUUCGUGAUCCAACUCAAGCCAACUCAAGAUUUCCCGGUCAAAGUCAAGCUAACGCAAGUUUUCGUGAUCCAACUCAAGCCGACUCAAGAUUUCUCGGUCAAACUCAAGCUAACUCAAGAUUUCCCGGUCAAACUCAACCCAACUCAAGAUAUCCUGGCCGAUACAGCGCUGAUUCCCGAUUCGUAGAAAGAUAUCAAGAUCAUCCGUGUUGCAGUUUACAGAAGGAAGAAAGACACAAUUUCACACUUUCUGAAGGUUAA